AUGACGAACCGCCUAGCGCCCCCUCUUCCGUUUCCCCGUCGGACCGCGACUGUUGCCUUCGAGACGCAUGGGCAUCAUGGAGCCGGAAGUCGCCAACCAUCUCGACUGUCACACCUUGACCUGACAGUUCCGGUACGCCAGACUGGGUCGCGACUAAGUCAGAUCCGAGGGAGGACGUCUCGAUUGGAUGACGACCACUUCUUUGACAGCAGCGAUGAUGAAAGCAUUUCACCGUCUCGGCGACCCGCCCCGUUGGGAGGAUCAAGUGCACGCGAUAACACAGGGGUGAAAGCAUACAAGAAGAUCUGCAAGAAGUACAAGCUGAUACCGACACAGAAACUUGCGAGACAGCUAGGAAAGGGGACCAUCACGGCCUGCAACUUGAACAUGAGUCCGAAAGAGAUUAAGGCAUUCUUUGUCGCGCUCGUGGGGGAGAGUGACUGCCUUACGACGCUCGUGCUCGAUGGCAACAACAUGGCGACCACACAAAUCAUGUUUGUGGCUGACUUCGGGCAAACUCACUCAUUUCUGACAGACCUGUCUCUCGGUGGAUGCGGACUGUGUUCUCACGCUCUGACGGCUCUUACACGGUUCAUCACCAAAGUACAAACCAUACAUAGACUAGACAUAAGCAAUAAUAACAUAGGUGACGUUGGUCAUGAAGCCAUUGCAGAUCUUAUUCAGAACAGCAACAGUUUAGAAAUCCUCAUUCUUCGCGGGAACAAACUUAGCGAAUCUGGUGUGCAGUUGGGGAAAGCAAUAAGUGAAAAUACGAUAAUGAAAUUUCUUGACCUCAGCUGGAACCAUAUUCGAGGAAAUGGAGCAAUCGGCAUUGCCAAAGGGUUGGCGAACAAUGUUAGGCUAGAGACGCUGGUGCUGAGCUGGAACGGGUUUGGUUACGAAGGGUGUGUAGCCAUGGGGAACGCCCUUGCAAAUAACACAACUCUAAAGUCGCUCGACCUGGCUAACAACCGAAUACAUCAACAAGCUCUCUUUGAACUGAUGAAGGGCCUAGAGAAGAACAAAACAUUAGUGGUACUUAAGCUUGGUGAAAACCCCAUAACUGCUGCCAUGACGAGCGUCUUGCUCGCCAAGAUCCUGAAGGCGAAAGAGAGCAACCUGAUGGAGCUUGACCUCCAGGGUGUAGUAGUAGACAAGGAGUUUGAAGGAAUUCUGAAGCAAAUACAGGACGAGCGACUGUUUUUCACGAACUACGAGAGAUCCCUGCCUCUCCACAAGGGUCCGGUCAGAGAGAUCGACCCCGAAAACGUGUUCAACGUGGAUCCCAUACGAAUCCUGAAGUACAUGAAGGAGCAUCUGAAAACUAUUCACCUCUUCCUAAAGGUGGGCAUCGAUGGAGAGCACAGGCUUAGCAAGGAGGAAAUGAAAUUCGCCUUUGAGCGAGACGGUUAUCCCAUAACUGACAGUGCUCUUCAGAAGGUUAUGAAAUACCUCACUGCGAACAAAGACAACCACGUAGAAUUAAUGGAAGUUAUUAAAGGCAAGCGACGGUUAAAACAAAGCCUGUUUAAAGAUCAAGAAGAAGCCUUAUUAGGAGAACAAGAAAAAGACAAGAAAUCAUCUCAACCGCUUGCGGUCGCGGAUAUCAUUCCGCGAGAAGAGAAAAUAACGCGGAAAUUACCUCCUUUGAAUGGACCUAAGAUGAAAUGA